CCCGGCCUCGUACAUGCUCGGUGUACCUGCCGAGGCGGCCAAGACGCCGCCGCUCCAGCGUGUCAAGCGAAAGAAGACCAAGACGGACGUUCGAGGGCUCGUGCCGGCGCAGCCUCAGCCGUUGGACUCGGAAUUCCGAGUCUUUCACGCUGCGACGACCGCGCGCCAGUGUCCGUCGGUGCGCACCGAGGGCAAGAAGAGCCAUGGCAUGAGCGCGCUCCGAAGAGAGGAGCUCGACGAAGUCGGCGCGAUCCGCGCCGCAUUUGAGCGCCACCACAUCCACUUCAACGCGCACGUCUUUGAGCGUGCGCUCUUGACGCCCGAGGACAGGCCUGGCCUCGAGUGCGUCAAGCGGCUUCCGACCGCGGGCUCAAAACUGCCCGAGAAUCCGCUCGGAAGUUUCCGCCAUACGUUGCACAAGAGCAAGGAAGGCAAGUCCACCAAGAAGAAGAAGAAAACCAAGAAGCGCAAGUCGGGCAAAUCCAAAGGAAAAAAAGCCAAAGCCGCUUCGUAG